AUGGCGCGCCUCUUCUGGAUCGCAUCUGUCUUGGUCGCAGCUGUUAGUAGCGCGAUGGCCGCCUGCGACGAGGAUUGCAGCGAAUGCGAGGAUCGGUUGGAACUUUGUCAAUGUCUAGGCUGGCCAGACCCGUGUUGGAUCGAGGGUAUCGACUUUGGUGGUAGCGCGGUAGAGCGGACUGAAGAGUAG